CCUUUCCUCUCACUACCGGCAUCACUGUUAGAAGCGGCACAGAGCACCACAUCUCAAUGAAAUCAAGGAUGGAUACUAUCUUUGAUCAACGCCAGAUCGUUAACAAUACUUCCUAGAUGUUCUCUAGAAUGGCCUUUAAGCCAUUGUCUCAACAAUUGCUAAUAUGGGCCUUGAUAUCGAUUGCUAGUGCCUACAAUGUGAAUCUUACAAGUGAAGUUGCUGCCUUCAUCCCCAACUGCGCCCAAGGCUGUUUUACCGCGUUCAUCAAAGAGAACUACCUAUCGACGGCAUGUGGGACCACACCGUCCUUACAAUGUUUAUGUUCGCAUAAAUCGUCGGACGGUUUGACCAUUGGAGAGGCCGCUGCAGAGUGUAUUGGCGGAUCAUUCGCAUUUGGUAUUUGUACGGCUGACGAGGGCAACCAAGCUGGGACGGCGUAUCAAAUGUGCUCGGGACAGGUCAGCGUUCUACCGAACACGCAGCCAACGCCUCUAUCCGCAGCUUUCCUCGUUGGUGGUGGCAGUGUAAGGAUAGCACCAUCAACCACGACAACAACGACGACCGCGACGACAUCUAUAAUCUCUAGUACAUCUAGCAUCGCGAGUGAAAGAACAUCGACAACAAUGGCCACUACUACCAGAGCAACCACCACUAUAGUAUCGUCAUCCACUUCAACUUCGUCGGCGUCGCGUACCUCUUCAACGACGACAACAACUUCAGAAACGGCCAGUCCUCAGACAUCCGAAACAGGGACGCCUACUGCAUCCGUGUCCCUGGGGACGGCCCAGAUCAUUGGCAUCUCGGUCGGCGUUGCCGUUGCUAUCGUCCUAGCACUAGGAGCUAUCUUCCUUGCUCGCCAUGCCAGACGACGGAAGUAUCCCGGACUUGACGAUGACGGCUUUUUACCAAUGGACGAAAAGAGCAGCUUCGACGACGGCACUGGUGGGGCAGUGUCCAGGUUCACUAAGAUAUUUCACAUCUCUCCACCGAUCCUCAAGCCUCAACGGUCGCCAGAGCCUCAGACACCGCUACAAACUGCUGACUACCAGAAUGUUGAUCGCAGUACUAUUGGCCUCGCAAUCUCGCGCCCUCUUAGUGAGAUAUUCACAAAGCAACAGACUCCAGUUAAGGAGCGGCGAAGGUCGAAAAUAUUGCCGCCAAAGCCUUUGAAGCCAUCCAAACCAAAUCUUACACUAAAUAUUCCGAAUCAAGUCCACCCUGCUCUUCGGCCUCGGUCGUCACAACCUCAAACUGACAGGACAAGUGCCAUGACCAAUGUGACUGCUUUUGCCGAUUUGGAUAUUGAAGCCCCAGAGGGCGGUCAAAUAUGGCGGCCACCACCAACAGACCCUCAGUCAGCGACAACAUAUUAUGUUGCCGACAAAUGGGGAAACUGGGUUUUGAGCAGUACUAAUCGCCAGUCGCAACUGGCUGAGGUUGUGGAGGCUGCUGAGCUCGAUACUUACACCCCAUUGACCAAGUCGCCGAUUGAGAAGCAGGAAGAGGCCGUCGCUGCUGCAAUGGCGGGCGCUUUAUCCGCCGUGUCUGCUCCUGAGGUCUUCAAGCCACAACGUGCGUUUUUUAGGCCAGAUGCUCGAGACACGAGCAUAUCCCAGGUGUCCAGCUCAUACUCGCAGGCCAGUGCUCCACGCAACACCGUGCGGCCGCCAUUGCCAGCGAUGAAGAGGAGUAGUAGCUCUGGGAAACGAAAAAUGGGCCGUGCAGAUUCAAAGACAUCCAUGGACUCGGUUACAACCAUUCAAACAUCAUCGUCAGGGGGAGGCCCCUUUGAUGAAAGCCCCCCGGUCGAGGAGGAAGAUCCGCGGCCUUUAUCUUCACUGUCUCCGGUCAUGGAGUCUCCUCACACGCCCACUGGGCGCUCACAAGUCCGAUAUCCUAAGAUUCCUGGUCGUCUGGACUUGAGCACAGUAAGGACCGUACCACCACCAAAACGGCCAAACUUCACGGCAUCGCCACCAGGACAACCAAGUCCGACAUUGGGCGCGUUUCUUCCUGCAAAAGGGUCACCAUCCGCCUACCCGCAGCCACUGAACCCAAGGCGAUUACCUCAGCUGUCAAUUAGAAAUGUCCCGUAUCUACCAUCGCCAUUGCAAUCGGCAGGUUCCGGCUUUUCUCCUGAGCAGUCGUCACUGUCAAAAUUCCCCAAACCGCCGCCCAACCCACCUCCUCGGUCGGAACUUAGACUGUCACGGCAAAAGCCACCAAGGCUAGAAACUCAAGGCCUUCCACCGCCUCGAACGACUGUUUCGUCAUACAUCUCACCAACCAGUGCUGUGACCACAUCUUCGGUGGCCAGCUCGUUGCUAGCGAAGCGUGUGGGGAACGAGAAGGCCGCAGCGCUAUCGCUUGAGAACAGUCGAAAGAAAGGCGCUCCUGCAGGAUGGAAACGCCAAGGCCCGGGUGGGUUUUUGAGUCCGGAGAUGGCGGCUAUGAUGUCCCCAGGCCCGCGGGGUCUUGGCACGGGAGGACUCCCGGCUACACCUACUUGGCAACCAAAGCUGACACCUACACGGAGAGGAGAUGAUUUGUUUCUGAAUGUGCAGUAAUAUUCGCCAAGUUAGCUACCUCUGGGCAAUCGUUCUGGGUCAUCUCUGUUACCAAUACUCCGUCUAAUUG